GCGGAGGCAGCGCGGGUGCGGUCGCGGAGCGAGUGGCGGGCUGAGCCGAGCGGGCAGCGGCGGUAAAGGUGGUGAGAGACCGCGUUGAAGCAUGUGCGGGCGAACGUCCUGUCACUUGCCUCCAGAUGCCCUGGCCAGGGCUUGUGCCUACCUGGACCGGCGCGGCCGGCGGCGGCUCCCCGACUGGAGGGACCCGGACAAGUACUGCCCCUCCUACAACAAGAGCCCGCAGUCCAGCAGCCCGGUGCUGCUGUCUCGCCUGCACUUUGAAAAGGAUGCAGACUCAUCCGAUCGUAUCAUUGCUCCCAUGCGAUGGGGCUUGGUCCCAUCUUGGUUCAAAGAAGAUGAUCCUUCCAAGCUGCAGUUCAAUACUACCAACUGCCGCAGUGAUACCAUGAUGGAGAAACGGACAUUCAGGGUGCCUUUUGGAAAAGGAAGACGCUGUGUUGUUUUAGCAGAUGGAUUCUACGAGUGGCAGAGAUGUCAGGGAACAAACCAGAGGCAGCCCUAUUUCAUCUAUUUCCCACAAGUCAAGACAGAGAAGUCAGGUAGCACUGGUGUUGCAGAUAGUCUUGAGAACUGGGAGAAAGUCUGGGACAACUGGAGGCUGCUGACAAUGGCUGGGAUCUUUGACUGCUGGGAGUCCCCAGAGGGAAAUGUCCUAUAUUCCUAUACCAUCAUCACAGUGGAUUCCUGCAAAGGUCUGAGUGACAUCCACCACAGGAUGCCUGCCAUAUUAGAUGGUGAGGAGGCAGUCUCUAAAUGGCUAGACUUUGGUGAGGUCUCAAUUGCAGAAGCUCUGAAGUUGAUCCACCCUACAGAGAACAUCACCUUCCAUCCAGUCUCUCCUGUGGUGAACAACUCGAGAAAUAACACUCCAGAGUGUCUGACUCCUAUCGACUUGGUGGUCAAAAAGGAGCUCAAGCCAAGUGGCAGCAGCCAGAGGAUGUUGCAGUGGCUGGCCACAAAGUCACCCAAAAAGGAAGACCCCAAAACACCCCAGAAGGAAGAGCCAGAUGUGCCCCAGUGGUCCAGCCAAUUCCUGCAGAAGAGCCCACUCCCCACCAAGAGAGGCAGCGCAGGGCUUCUGGAGCGAUGGCUGAAGCGAGAGAAGGAGGAGGAGCCUGUGGCCAAGCGGCCUCACAGCCAGUGACCAGGCAGGACUUUUAGAGACCAAGGGCAGGGUCUGCUGCACCAGUACUUGAUCUUGCUGAUAAAAGCUUCUUGCCUUGUAUGUGUACGUUUGCUUUGGAAAGAGGUGGCACAGUGCUAGUUAACAGUUGUGGUGUUAUGGAGAAGCGGCCAUCCUGACUAUGACUGGGAGCCCCUGGCAGGGCUAGUAGGCAGCCUUAGGUGAGCCCGCAGCCAUCACUGGCUGUAUGCCUCAUAGGGACACUGUGCCUGUUGCUCUUCUUGGCAGGGCUGGUGAAUCCUUCCUUGAAGCCUGUCUGACCCUUCUGGGAACUCUCAGCCCUGACCUGGUGUUCCUAGCAUGAAGGUCUGCCAAGCCUCUGGGCUCUUAAGUUCUUGAAAGGCUGGGCAAGGUGGCUAACGCCCGUAAUCCUAGCACUC